CACAAAAAGUCAAACUGGUUAUAGAAGAUAACACGCGUUAAAUGUCUGUUGGGUGGAGUGAGGGAGGGACAUUCCCAAGAUUGGAUUCCUGAGUUCGUUCAGUUGACCAAAAUCUCUUCGCCGCUGUUCGUUUCUGUAAUCGGAGCUUCUCCGGAGCAGCCACUCUGUUCGGAUUUUGGGCAGAAAUCUGGUCAGAAAAGUGGUGGUGUUGUAAUCAUGGCACUGUCCUUAGUUGGAGGGGCGGCCAUAGGAGCGCUGUUCGGAGCGUUGUAUGAUGUUGUUAAGAUAUCGAUAGGCAAGACUGCUAUGCAGUAUAAACCCCUCCUCAGAGAUCUUAAAUUCACACUAGACUCUCUAAGGCCGCGGAUCAUCCAACAGAUAGGAGAACGUAACGUGGAAUUGGGUAUUUCGAACGAAGAUAUAGAGAGCCUGCAAAGACAAAAGGUGGAGGGUACAGAGCUCGUUAGGAUGUUAUCGAACCGUGGCUCGUGGAGCUGCUACAUCUUGUGUAGCUGCUGCAACUGCAAUAAGCUGAGUUAUGCGGAACAACUUGUUGAAUUGGAUAGGUCUCUUAGAAUAUUGUUGGACAUACUGAAGCUGCAGGAAGCGCGGGAUGUGAAGGAGGUCUUGCUUUUGGCUAGGAAGAUCAACGACAAACAAGGUGAAUUGGAAAGGAGACUGGCCGAUAUGCUCAAAGUGCAGCAAGAAUCGAGGGACGGGGGAGAGUCUUCGGGAAGUGGUGCAGAGACAACACCGAAUGAACAAAAUGGAGAGAAUGGUGGACAACAAGUGGCGCCGUCAGGUGGAGGAGUAGGGGCUGCUGCUCUAGGAGCGGCGUUUGGGGUGUUGUUUGACACUGUUAUGCAAGUGGAGGACAAGACUACCAUGCUUAAACGCCCCCUCGGAGAUCUCAAAUCAACGCUAGACUCCGUAAAGCCGUUGAUAGAAGAGGUGGCAGAAUGUAGCAAGAUAUUGAAUCUCCCAAAAGAUGAAUUAGAAGAUGUUAGAAUGCAAAUGGAGAAGGGUGCAGAGCUUGUGAGCAAUUGCUCAAAGGUUCGUCAGUGGAGUAGCUAUAAAACGUAUGAAUAUACCAACAAACUCCUUGGUUUGGACGAAUCGCUUCAAAGAUUGUUAACUGUGCUAAGAGUGCAGUUAGCAAGGGAUGUGAGGGAGUGAUUGGUUUCCGUAAGCAAUAUAGAGGCGGUGAUCGAUCAAAUUGAAGGGAGUGGUGUGGUAAAAUUACAAAAUGAGCAAAAUGAAGCUAAAGGUUCAUGUGAAGCGCCCACAGCCAUGGCUAAGAGUGCAGUUGGAUUGAAUGCACUAAGUGUGGAGGGAACAAGGGAUGUGACUGAGACAUUGUAUCCGGAAGCUAAUAUAAAGGUGGGGUGGCGGAAAGUUGAAGAGAGUAGGGUGGCACAAAGUAAAACUGAACAUCCAUCACAUGCAGUUGGACUGGAUGCAAUGAACAUGCAGGUGGGAGCAAGGACUAUGGAGGAGACUUCUGUAAGUGAUGUAGAGGCGGGGCACAAGCGAAUUCAGGGCAAAGAAGUAUCCAAACUUGAUGUGCCAUUUAGGGUAUUGGGGAAGGAUGUUCUUAAGGAUGAGGAAGAUGAGGAACUUGAUGAGCAAGUGGAAGAUCAUCAUGACAGGAAGAAGAAAGGAGCUGAGUCUGCGACAGGUGCAAGUGGAGACGGGAUGCCUAUUUGUAAAGCUGAUGGGUGUGCAGUCGAUCUGAGUGAUGCAAAGGCGUAUAAUAGAAGGCAUUGGGUGUGCGAACUUCAUUGGAAGGCUCCACUUGUGAUUGUGUCUGGUCAAAAGAGAAGGUUUUGCCAUAAAUGCAGCAGGGUGAUCAGUCAAACUGAAAGGAGUGGUGCGAUACAAUCACAAAACGACCAAAGUGAAAUUAAAGGUUCAUAUGAAGUGGUGGAAGCCACACCGCCAGCAGUUGGAUUGAAUGUACCGAGUGUGCAGGGAACAAGGG